CCGGCUGUCCCUGUCCCCGCAGUCAUGCCGGCCAGUCCCCCCCUGGGCGCGUCGUCGGUGUCGGUCCCCGCGGGCCCCCCCGCGCCCACCCCGCCGGGGGGUUUCUCCUUCUCCCCGGUGACGAUGAUCUCGGCCGUGAAGCAGAAAAGCGCCUUCGCCCCCGUCGUGCGCCCGCCCGGCUCCCCAAACCCCGCCUGUGCCAGCGCCGCCGCCCUGCAAGACCCUCCGUUCGAGGACUCCGACAAGUUCCCGGCGCGGCCGCUCCAGGGAUUGGCCUAUUCCUAAGCACGCCGGGCCCGGCCCCCUCGAGCCGCCCUGGGAGCCGGGACGGCACCGGAGCCGCCACACGGAGCGGGACGGGGGGACCCCCACCCCAAAGGGGACCCCCACCCCAAAGGGGACCCCCGACCCCAUGGCCACGGCCCCCCCAGCACGGGCCCCCCGAGGGGACCCCGGCCCUGCUGCAGGGGGGCUUUGGGGAGCCCAGGAUGACCCAAACCCGCUGGAUUUGGCCUCGGAAAGACGUGGAGAGACCUGGGAGUGGGGGCAGCGGGACCGAGGGCACCAGGGGCCGGGAGAGGAGGGAGGGGUGUGCCAGGGUGGGGGGGAUGCCCUGAGGUGGGAUGGAUGCUCCAGGAAGAGAGAGAUUCCCUGAGGUGGGAUGGAUGCUCCAGGGUGGGAGGGAUGCUCCAGGGUGGGAGGGAUGCUCUGGAACAGGAUGGAUACUCGGGGUUGGAGGGAGGCUCCAGGGCAGGAGGGAUGCUCUGGGGUGGGGUGGAGGGAUGGAUGAAGGGAUGGAGGGAUGGAUGGAGGGAUGGAGGGAUGGAUGCUCUGGGGCAGGAGAGAUGAGCUGGGACAGGAUGGAUGGAUGCUCCAGGGUGGGAUGGAUGCUCCAGGGUGGGAUGGAUGCUCCAGGGUGGGAGGGAUGUUCCAAGGCAGGAUGGACACUCAGAGCUGGAGGGAUGGUCCAGGGCAGGAUGGAAGCUCCAGGGAGGGGAUGGAUGGAGAGAUGGAUGGAGAGAUGGGUGGAUGCUCUGGAGAGGGCUGGAAGCUCCAGGCUGGGCUGGAUGCUUUGGAAUGGGAUGGAUAUUUGUGGUUGGAGGAUGCUCCAGGCAGGAGGGAUGGAUGCUCCAAGGUGGGAUGGAGAUCCCUGGAUAGGAAGGAUGCUCUGGGAUGGAAUGGGUAUCCCUGGGACAGGAAGGAUGCUCUGGGCUGGGAUGGAUAUUCCAGGACAGGAAGGAUGCUCAGGUGGAAUGGGUAUCCCUGGACAGGAAGGAUGCUCUGGGAUGGGAUGGGAUGGAUAUUCCAGGACAGGAAGGAUGCCCAGGGAUGGGAUGCUCUGGGAUGGGCUGGGAUGGAUAUUCCAGGACAGGAAGGAUGCUCUGGGAUGGGAUGCUCUGGGAUGGGCUGGGAUGGAUAUUCCAGGACAGGAAGGAUGCCCAGGGAUGGGAUGCUCUGGGCUGGGAUGGAUAUCCCAGGACAGGAAGGAUGCUCAGGUGGAUCCAGCUCCCCCCACCGUUCCCAGCUCUCUCCCAGCUGUGCGGCUCCACAUCUGGAGCUGCCCACCCCCGGCUCCCAGGGCUGGAUCCCGGAUCCCAGAUCUGUGCCCGUGCAGGAUCGGGCCCCGGUGCCCCCCCGGGUGGGGACGCCCCUGUCCCUUCCCUGUCCCUGUCCCUGCCCCCGGGGCCGUGGCGUCUCCUCCCCUCGUUAUCAAUCCUCAUUAAUAGCAACACUCGAGUUAUUUUUAGCCCGGGGGGAGCCCUGGGUGGGGGGAGGGGGGGUCAGGGGACCCCAGCCCGGCCCUGCAGCCCCCAGGGGGGUGUCCCAGUCCCCCCCUUUGCCCUCCCUCCCCCCCCCAGCUGGGAAGGAGCAGCGGGAACUUUGUACAUAAAAAGGGUUCAACCCCAACACCUUCAACCCCCCCUCCCCCAUAUCCCCCCCCCCCGUGUCUCCUGUCACCACUCACUGUCCCUGUUCGGUGUCAGUGUAUGUCCCCCCCCGGGACCCCCCCGUGGCCACCCCGGGCAGGGCUGGGGGGGUCCUCGGGGACAGGGACCCCCAGGGACGGGACCCCCGUGCACAGGGACCCCCGGGGACAGCCCCCCCUUCCCCCGCGGCGCUGCCAGGGCGUGGCCGGGGGGGUGUCCCUCGUUUUGGGGGGGGGGGGGCUGUGCCGUGGGAAUAAAGGCCUUGCAGAAGG